AUGUCAACACCAGAGACAUCCGCAGCUGUGAAACCUCAGCGGGUACUCGCCUGUACCCUCUGUCAACAGCGCAAAGUCAAAUGCGACCGCAAAUUCCCAUGUUCGCAUUGUAGGCGAGUCGGCUCACAAUGUGUACCUGCAGGACUUGUGCAACGUCAGCGGCGCCGCAGGUUUCCCGAACGGGAGUUGUUGGAUCGGGUUAGGUACUACGAAAGUCUUUUGAGCCAGCAUAAUAUUAAAUUUGAGCCUUUGCAUGGCCAUGGAAGUCCUGUGGUGGAGCAGAUGCAUACGCCUCAGACUGAUCAUGCUUCUCCAAGUGAGGAGGGGUAUGGGUCGCCGGAUGCUAAAGGGUCUGCUGGGAGUAAGCCAAGUAAUAUUUGGCGUGCCAUGGGGCAAAGUUCAUUAGAAGAAAGCUCUGACGAAGAAGAAAAUGAUGAAGGUCUCUUCCAAGACGGAGGAGACGUCCACGGCGGCGUCAUCAGGAAAGCGUGGGAUUAUAUGUAUGAAAUCGAAAGUAACGACCCUCUACUAUUCGGUUCCUUAAACCCAAAUGUCGACAUCUCGACAUUACACCCCACCCAGCCACACAUCUUCAAACUUUGGCAAAUCUAUCUGGGAAACGUAGAUCCUAUGCUCAAAGUUACUCAUACUCCGACAUUACAAACAAGGAUUAUUGAUGCUGUCGGAGACCUAUCGGGUGUUAAUCCCGCGUUAGAGGCAUUGAUGUUUAGUAUCUAUUGUGUGGCGAUAUCCAGCCUUACCGAAGAGGAAUGUCCUGUAUUAUUUGGAUUCUCGAAGAAUGAUCUUUCGAGAAGUUAUCAGUUCCCUUGUCGACAAGCUCUCUUGAAAUGCGAGUUCUUACGGACGACUGAUCGCGACUGCUUGACGGCAUUGUUCCUUUAUUUGGUCUCUGUCAAACCUGAAACGGAUCCACGAUCCCUAUCAUCCUUAUUCGCAAUAGCCAUUCGCGCAGCACAUAGAAUGGGCCUCCAUAAUGAGUCAACAUACGCCAAACACUCCACUCUACACGCCGAAAUGGGUCGAAGACUCUGGUGGUCGCUAGUAAUGCUUGACCACCGUGUCUGCGAAACAAUCGAUCACAAAACCACAUUCCUCUCUCCAAUAUGGGACUGUAAACCUCCCACCAAUACAAACGAUUUUGAAAUCCAACCGGAGAUGAAAACACCGCCCACAAUCCACAAUCGACCGACCGAAGCCCUAUUCACAGUUGUUCGUAGCGAGAUCGCAGAUUUCGUACGGUAUAGCUCUUUUCAACUGGAAUUUACAAAUGCGCAUCUACAUAAAAUGAUGAAAGAUAUGCCAAGUGCCUCACUCCCCAAUGGCGGGGAAGUAUCAACCCUCGAGAAAAUCAUCGAGGAUAAAUACCUAGCCUUCUGUAACCCAGAAAUUCCAUCACAGUUAAUAACAAUCUGGGUAGCUCGUGCAGCUAUCGCAAAAAGCCAUUUGAUCGAACAUUACGCAAAAUACUCGGUCACAGAGCAACAAUCAGAUCUCCACCGAAGUAUUGCAGUCUCACAUGCACUCAGAAUGCUCGAAUGCGAUACAAAGCUUAUGAGCUCCCCGUUGAUCAAAUGUUAUCGAUGGUUUAUCAAUUUCCACUUCCCGUUCCCGGCAUACAUCCACAUUCUUCAGAAUUUAAAAAAGCGUCCAGGAGAAAGUCACGCCGAAAGGGCUUGGGAAGUCAUGAGUGAGAGCUAUGAAGCAAGAAUGAACGGUGCAAUGAAGUUAUAUGGACCCUUGCUUGUUCUUUUUUCAACGAUUGUCUUGCAGGCAUGGGAAGCAAGAGAAAAGUUUAUUCAGGAAGAAGGUAGAUCUCCAGAGCCAUUACCUGGGAUUCUUGUUGGUAUUCGAGAAAAAAUAGCAGAGAUGACUUCUAAUUCUGGGAAAGAGGGGAAUAAUGAGCAACUUGGAAAAUUGGGGAUGAUGAAUAUUGAUGACUUUCUCACGCCGGCAGUGGGGAAUAUGAAUAGCGGUUCGGGGUAUGAUGGGCAAGGAGGAUCGAUAGAUUUUCAAGCGGAAGACUUUGAUUGGACAUUGAUGGAUUGGAAUUCUAUUGAUAUGAGAAGUUUGUGA